CAAACAAAACAAAAUAAAGUUAAAAAAUAUAUAUAGAAAGUGUUGUUAUUGCUGCACAUAAUAGUCUAUUUUCUGUAGAUUCAAAUGAUACGAAUUAGAGUGUAAAAUUAUGUAUUGGAAUGGUGUGUGUGAGUCACUGCUGUGUCGUCCCAGGGCAGGAAAUGCUGGUGGAAUUGGGGAGGGUACACGGGACUUCUGAUGUGUUUUCUUCCUAAAAGUUGAUGCAGUUGCAUCAGAAUGUUAAGAUUUGACAGGAUAGUGUAGCAGGUUCUUUUUUUUUUAACUGUUUGCUUAAGAUAUUUCAAAACAAAAAUAUUUUUUAAGCAUGGAAAAAAACAUUGGCAACUGUGCAGAAAUUUUUUGGAGGAAAUAAUUUGGGGUGGUUUUCCAAUUUGUGUGUGUGUGUGUGUGUGUGUGUGUGUGCAUGUAUUAGAAAGCAUGGACUUUGGAAUUAAAUUGAUGCUUGAAUCCUGACUCCAUUAUUUGCCAGCUUUAUGAUUUGGGGCAGUUGAUGCAAUCUCUCCAAGUCAAUCUUCUCAUCUUUAAAAUAUUGUCUCACUUAAUUCUCUCACUAAAGCAUGAGGCAAAAUGCUUCAUGAUUUGGUGAGAGAAUUGAAUGAAUUAAAUGAGAUAACAUUAAGACCUGGCACAUGUGCCUAGUACUUAGUUUUAGGAUGAAAUAUACAUACUGAGCUUUAGUAAUGUGAAAGACGGGUACACCAUCAUAUAUAAUUAAAUCAGCCCUGAAAUCUGGCAGCAUUUAUGAGAUUGAAAUGCUGUCUGUUGAUAGUUGAUUCUAAUAUAAAUGUGCUUCCAUCUCAGGGCCAACUGAGGGGCCCACUGACAUAGGGUACCCACAAUAGACGUGUGUUUGCCAUGUGUUUGGGUUUGGCCAUUCUGCUUCUCUGCUUCCACACAUACACACGCCCCUGUGUUACUUUGGUUCAUCUUCUGUACCCUGUCAGUUUUCUGCUGGUCAGAACAUCUGUGUCUGUGACAGAGCCGUCCAGGAUUGCAGUGGAUAGGAAUUUCCUCACAUGGCUUCUGAAGAAGUGACCAUCACAGUUCGCCUCAUCCGUUCCUUUGAGCAUCGCAAUUUCAAACCUAUAGUGUAUCAUGGAGUGAAUUUGGACCAAACUGUAAAGGAAUUUAUCAUAUUUCUAAAGCAAGAUGUCCCUUUAAGGACCAGCCUGCCACCACCAUUCAGAAAUUAUAAAUAUGAUACACUAAAGAUUAUUCAUCAAGCGCAUAAAUCAAAGACAAAUGAACUUGUGUUGAGUUUGGAAGAUGACGACAGACUCCUGCUGAAAGAAGACAGCACUCUGAAAGCAGCUGGAAUCGCCAGGCAUCUCAAGUGGCUAAAGAAUAAAUGCAUGAAAAUUAAGAGCCAGCUCUGCCUGAGAAAGAGAACAGGAGCAAGCUGGCUGUUGGCUGUCACCUGGAGUCACCUGCUGGGGAAGUGCCGAAUCACCCCGGACCAAGGACAGGAAGGAGGCUUGGGUCUCCUCUAUCACCCCAGGCUGGAGUGCAGUGGCAGGAUUGCGGUUCACUGCAGCCUCGACCACCCUGGCUCAAGUGAUCCUCGCAUCUCAGCCUAAGAGAAACUCUUGGAACAGAAAACCAAAUACCACAUAUUCUCAGUUAUAAGUGGGAGCUAAAUGAUGAGAACACAUGGACACAAAG